AUGAGACAGUAUACACCCCUCGACCCAGCAUCGGAGGAAGGGAAGCAACAGUUAUUGGGGUUAGUAAUGGGACAAUGCACCCCAGAUAUCGGAAAGAAAUUGCAAAAGCUUGAGCACCCAGAAAAUAGAAACCUAGAAACAUUGAUGAACGAGGCCUGGAAAGUGUAUAACAACAGAGAUAAAGAAGAGAAGAAAAAGGAAGAUAAAAGGUUUGCUCGAAUAGUGGCAGCAGCAGUAGCAGCCCCCAGUGUAAAGCCUCCAGAAUCCAAUACCAGAGAUACAGGAGCAACGUUUUCGGUUCUGAAUCAAGAAUUGGUACCCAAAAGUGAUGAAUUUGUACAGGUCGUGGGAGCGACAGGCCAACCAGAAAAAGCCUACUUUCUAAAACCUAUUAAAUACAGAAUUGGAAAACAAAUGGGAAUUCAUCAAUUUUUGUAUUUACCAAAUUCUCCAAAGCCUCUACUAGGUAGAGACCUAUUAGAGAAUUCAGGGGCUGUAAUAAAAUUCAAUAAAGAUAAACUUGAAUUUCAAGUGAAUGAUGAACAACUAAUAACAGCUUUAAGUUUAACAAUCAGUUAUAUAGAACCAAAACCUGAAAAUCAUAGCAUUGAACGCAUUAUGAGUGAAGUAUACCCAUUAGUAUGGGCCACUGAUGUACCUGGAAGGUCAAAACGAGCAGCUCCUAUUAAUAUUGAGUUAAUACCAGGAACAAAACCGGUAGUAAGAAAACAAUACCCGCUGAGGUUGGAAGAUAGAAAGGGAAUUGAACCAAUAAUAGAGAAAUUUCUAGAACUAGGAUUAUUGGUAGAGUGUGAAUCAGAUUUUAAUACACCAAUCCUACCUGUUAAGAAACCGAAUGGGACAUAUAGACUAGUCCAAGAUUUAAGGGCAGUGAACGAAAUUACAAAAACUUUACACCCGGUUGUAGCAAAUCCCUAUACUCUUUUAACCAAAUUGAGGGAAAAUUUAAAAUGGUUCACAGUAUUAGACCUAAAAGAUGCAUUCUUUUACCUAGCCUUAGCUCUGACAAGCCAGAAAAUUUUUGCUUUUGAAUGGGAAUCUGCUAAAACAGGGAGAAAGACUCAACUAGCUUGGACUGUGUUACCGCAGGAAUAUAAAAACAGUCCCACAAUUUUUGGAAACCAAUUGGCCAAAGAAUUAGAACAAUGGGAAAGGCCACUGGGAAAUGGUACCCUUCUACAAUAUGUAGAUGAUUUAUUAGUAGCAACUGAAACAGAAGAGGAGUGCCUUGAAUGGACUAUUUCCCUGCUAAACUUUUUGGGCUUAAGUGGAUAUCGAGUUUCUUUACAAAAGGCACAACUGGUACAAGAAAAGGUGAUAUACCUGGGGUAUGAAAUCUCCAGGGGACAACGAUCUCUAGGCACAGCAAGAAAAGAAGCCAUCUGUCAGAUGCCCAGACCAGAAACGGUAAGAGAUCUACGGGCCUUUCUGGGAAUGACAGGUUGGUGCCGAUUAUGGAUUCAUCAAUAUGGAAUACUUGCCAAACCACUAUAUGACUUACUAAAAGGGACUACGAGUACCUUAACUUGGACUCCCGAGGCAGAAGGAGCUUUUAAAAGACUGAAACAAGAACUCAUGAAAGCCCCAGCCUUGGGUCUUCCAGAUGUAACUAAGCCGUUUUGGUUAUUCUCCCAUGAGUGGCAGGGGAUGGCUCUGGGAGUUCUAGCACAGCAGUUGGGACCACAUAAGAGAGCUGUAGCUUAUUUCUCCAAACAAUUGGACGAAGUAAGCAAAGGCUGGCCUGGGUGCCUAAAAGCAGUGGCCGCAGUGAUUAUCAACAUAGAAGAGGCCAGAAAGCUUACGCUAGGCCAGAAAAUGACUGUAUUAGUCUCUCAUACUGUCUCAGCAGUGCUGGAACAAAAGGGUAACCAUUGGUUAUCGCCUUCGAGAUUCCUAAAGUAUCAAGCCAUCCUAGCUGAAUCAGAUGAUAUAACCAUUCAAGUAACUAACAUUGUCAACCCAGCUUCAUUUCUAGAAGGGAGAAUUCCGGCAGAACCUCUCGAACAUGAUUGCCUGGAAACGAUCGAAGCGGUCUAUUCCAGUCGUCCAGACCUUAAGGAGGAACCAUUUGAAGAUGCAGACAACUGGUUCUCGGAUGGCAGCAGCUUCGUGAAGCAAGGAGUAAGAAUGGCAGGCUAUGCAGUGACCACAACAGAAAAGGUAAUUGAAUCAAAUCCCCUACCUGCAGGGACUUCGGCCCAGAAGGCAGAACUGAUUGCUCUUACCCGAGCCCUGGAAUUAGCAGAAGGUAUGCGAAUUAACAUUUGGACUGAUUCUAAAUAUGCUUUCUCUGUCGUACAUGCUCACGGAGCGAUUUGGAAAGAAAGGGGACUAUUAACUGCCCAGGGGAAAACAAUUAAACAUGCAGAAGAAAUUCUAAGGUUGUUAGAAGCGGUCCAACUCCCAGAGCAGGUGGCCAUAAUGCAUUGUAAGGGACACCUGAAAGGUAACACAGUUCCAGAAAUAGGGAAUAGGAAGGCAGAUGCAGAAGCCAAAUUAGCUGCUGCAAAAACUGAAGAAAUAACUAUAACAGCUUUAAUACCGGGAGAAUUAGAUACAGAUUUUCAACCAAAUUAUCAAGAAUCAGAUCAAAGAUGGAUUAAAAAGAACAAGGGUAAAUUGUUAGACAACGGGUGGGGACAGUUAGAAACAGGUCAACUAAUAAUACCUGAAAAAUUAAUGUGGCAGUUUGUAAAGACAGAACAUGAAAAAGCCCAUUGGGCCUUAGACCCACUCUAUCAAUAUUUACAAACCCGAAUAGCAGGACCAAAACUCUUUACUACAGUAAAAUACGUCACAUCUCAAUGUGAGCGAUGCCUAAAGAAUAAUCCAAAUACUGGGACGAAGGUACAUCAGGGAGCCAUAAAUCGAGGUAAAUUCCCAGGUGAAGUGUGGCAAAUUGAUUUUUCAGAACUCCCAAGAAAAGGGGGGUUUCGAUAUUUAUUAGUAUUAACUGACACAUUUUCUGGGUGGCCUGAAGCAUUCCCUUGUAGGACAAAUAAAGAAAGAGAAGUAACCAAGGUUUUACUAAACGAAAUAAUACCCCGAUUUGGGGUACCGAGAAGUAUAUCUUCAGACAGAGGUACGCAUUUUUGUGCAAAAGUAGUAAGAGCAAUAAGCAAGGCAUUACAAAUUAAGUGGCAGUUACAUACGCCCUACCGGCCUCAGGCUAGUGGGCAAGUCGAAAAGAUGAAUCACCUGAUUAAACAACAAAUUGCUAAGAUAUGCCAGGAAACCAAUUUACAGUGGUAUCAAGCUUUGCCUAUUGCUCUACUUAGACUGAGAGUCAAACCAAGAUCAAAAGAAAAAUUGAGUCCAUUUGAAAUUCUGUAUGGAAGACCUUACGCUAUGAUUGUAAAUGGAGAUGCUAUAGACCAAAUAGGUAAUCAGUACAUUUAUGAUUAUGUAAUCACUAUAGGGAAACAUUUUGAUAAAAGUACAGCUGUGGUGAUAGAACAUCAACCCAAACAGCCUGAUUGUAAAUUACACCUGUUCAACCCCGGUGACUGGGUAUAUGUUAAGAAUCUCUUAGGAAAACCCCUACAAGAAAAGUGGGAAGGACCUUUCCAAAUUCUGCUGACCACCUUCACCGCGGUCCGGAUCAAAGAGCGACCUACAUGGAUUCAUUACUCACGAGUCAAGAAAGCUCCGGAGAAUAAGCAAGAGGAAGAAACAAGCGAAACACCAGCAUCUGCAGAUAAUUGUUUGGGUACCAAGCCCCUGAGUAAAAGUCCUGUGUGA